UCCUACCGUCCCCAGCUUCCCCGCCAGAGCUGGCGGUAUCGCUCCGUGUGCGGGACCUGCUUGCCUGGCGACAGGAGGGCAGUGAGCCGCGGAGGGCUGGGGGGCGCACGCGCUGCCUUCCGCAAGCCAGCGGGAGCAACCGGAACGGAAGCUGCCUGGAACCCUCGUGGCUGGCUACGCUUCCUGGAGCGGCCGGUCCCUAGCGAGACUUCCGCUUCCGGGUGGCCGCUGCGUCCUGAAGGAGGGUCACGGAGCGGGCAGGUAUGGGGCAUGGAAAUGAACAUGGCCAUGGCAAAAUGGAACUCCCUGACUACAGGCAAUGGAAGAUAGAGGGUACUCCACUAGAGGAAGUCCAAGAGAGGCUAGCUAAACGGGGUCUUAGGGAUCCGUGGGCUCGUAAUGAAGCCUGGAGAUACAUGGGUGGCUUUGCAAAACCUGUCACCUUAACAGAAGUCUUUACUAGGGGACUCAAGUGGGGAUUUGCAGCUUUUGUCAUAGCUCUUGGCAUCGAAUACACACUAUUUCCUCCAAAGAAGAAUGGAGGCCAUCACUGAAGAUCAAAUAUGACUACUUACUAAUUAGUAAGCUGAAACAUAGAUAAGCCUGCUCACUCUGUACUUACAUGCAUAUUAAAGUCUAUCACAGGCAAAAACA